UGUCUGUCUCUCUUUUUCCUUCUCUCUUUUCCUCUCUUCCCUCCCUCCCUGCCUCCCUGCCCCAGGCAGUGUGUCUAGUUUCACAGAGCAAUUGAAGGUGACAGGGACAGAGAGAGAGGGAGAGGGAGGGAGGGACAGAGGGAGGACACAUCACAGUAUCGCCUCGGGCUACACAACAGCAGAAGAAGAGCGAGAGAUGGAGGGACAAAGAGAAAAGAGAGGAGAGACUCACAAAGUACUCAUAGGGAAUUCCAUAAACAGUUAGUGUCAACAAAGCUGGAGAACAAGAGACGUAGAAUGAACAGGGGAAUAAAGGUCCACGGAGGAGGAAAGUAACACACAGGACCCAGCGCAUCAUUUCACCUGCACAUUUGGAGGAAGGAUUGGAGGAUCGAAAGAGGGAGAGAGGAGCCAAAGGUGACAGUGAUUAGGGGCAGACACACACAGGACAGGACUCCUCUUUUUCUCUUCAUGGUGGUUUGGACACUUGUAGUAUGUAUGAGAAGUUAACAAUGCUGAACCUGCAGAGUGGCUCAAACUGGAGUGGGCCUAACAACUGGUACCAUGACCCCACCAGCGUUCAGAUGCAACACAGCACAGUGUCGGACGGCUGUCUGCUGGACACGGAGGGCAGCAUGGGUGGGGAGGCAGGGGGAGGGGGAACGGGCAGAGGGGGAGGAGUCCCUGUGGAGAGGGACGAGGGCGAGGAGUCUCAGCUGAGGCUACAGCUCAAGAGGAAGCUGCAGAGGAACAGGACCAGCUUCACACAGGAGCAGAUCGAGGCUCUGGAGAAAGAGUUUGAAAGGACACAUUACCCAGAUGUCUUUGCGAGGGAGAGAUUGGCAAACAAGAUCGAUUUACCAGAGGCCAGGAUACAGGUGUGGUUCUCAAAUCGUAGAGCCAAGUGGAGGAGGGAGGAGAAGCUGCGCAAUCAAAGGAGAUCAGGGGGCGUGACUUCCUGUUCACAGAGCCAAGCCCCUCUGACCACUUCCUUUAACACAUCACUCUAUCACCAGCAGCACGGCAGCAGUUCAGGGUCCAUGUUGAGUCAGGCUGAGUCGUCCCUGCCCAGCUACAGCUCCCUGUCAGUUUUCUCAUCUGGAGUUCAGUCUAUUCCUCCCCAGUCGACCUCCUCCUACUCCUGCAUGUUACCUCCCUCCCCCUCUGCCCCGCGCAGCUUUGAUUCAUCAGCGUACUCCUCCCCUCACCUGCAGACUCCUUCUUCAGCCAACUCCAACACCGGGCUCAUAUCGCCCGGCGUUUCAGUGCCAGUCCAGGUCCCAGGAACUGAGCAGCAGAGCAUGAGUCAUAACCUGGGUCAGUACUGGGCCAGGUUACAGUGAACAACAGACAAUCGCUGCCAGCCAGCAAAACAGAAGAACGAAAAAAAGGGCAUGUAACAAAAAAGUGUUAAGAAAAUAAUAUGGGGACACACGGGUUUUAAGGAAGCACAGGACUAAGCUGUAGAGGGGUCCUCAAUCAGUUGCAGAGCCCAAAAUGCAUUAAAUGUUUACAAAUUCAGCCAAGAGUAGCUUUGGUUGCACUUGACUGUACUCUGGUUAUACUGGUAUUUUCUUAGUAUUAUCAGGUUGCACUUUUUUUGUUUAAAUAAUGUGAAUCAUAGGACUGAGGUCGAGAUUACGAAAAGGAUCAGUUUGAGGUGUGUUUAGGAUUAAAAUAGAGUCCGGAUUAGGAUAGGGUUUAGUGGCAGAGCUUUAUUUUCCCAUGAUAGUUGAGAAUUAGAAUUGGACCCUUCAAAGGUUUUACCAUAUUUUAUUGUGUUGAACAUUUCGGCUUUUACUUAGAGAGUUUCAUGAGCCGAAAAACAAAGAAAAUGUAUUGUUUGUUACACAAAGCACUGGAUGGAAAACUUAAAACCUGUCUGCGUUCGAAAGCUCUCAAAAUUUGGACCUUUGAGUUUAGAUUAUUGUGUUAAACAUUUUAUCCAUAGGAGGUGGCAGGAGACUGCUUCUGAGUUUCAGUUAAGAAAGUUGGUGUCAUUACCAGCUCUCAACCCAACUAAACAUAACUGCAUUCAACUUAAAAAAAAAAUAAAAAAAGAUUAUUUUUGCUCAUACAUGCAGAGCAAAUUGCAGGGUUAGGAUUAUACUUCUACCACACAGACAUUCAAACAAGUGAUUCAAUGGUACUAAGUAAAUGCCAGCAGAUGUCUGUAUUGUGAAGUGUAACCACGGUUUCUUGUUACUUGAGCAGCUCAAUGAUAGCGAUAGCAAGCUUGAUCCCUAAGCAUAAGCUGUGUGAGGCUACUCUGAAGAUUUUAGACUAGCUUAUGGCAAUCACGCUUACUAAAACUUAAAAACUUACCAUAAAAAAAAGUUAAUUCUGUGUACAUCUGCCAGCAACAUUACACUAAGACUGAUUCUGCAUAUUUUUGUACAGACAUCUGCAUAUGAUGAAGAUAACUGUGGACUAUUAUCAGAUGUUAUUGGAGGGAAGAAUGUAGCACGUGGACUCAAAACAUCCUGAAAGCACAAACAAUAUCAUUUCAGACACACCAUGUCAAUAUUGUUAUCAGAUAUUGUCUGAACAUUACAGGUAUCACAGUUGACUUUUGCCAAAAACUACAAUAAGUCAAUAUCAUUUCUCUUUGUUUAUAUAUAUAGACUUUUUAUCUGAUCUAACUAAAAACAGGAGCAAUUCCAUUAUAGCUUUAGCAGUAAUAUGUACUUUGAUUGGCAGGGAUGUUUUUGUAUAUCACUAAUGAACCAUAUCCAUCAGUCAGUGACAACCAUGCAUCAUUACACAGAAAACAAAAAAGAGGCUGCCUUCAAACCAUCAAAUGCAAACACUUACGAGACUGACAAUCAAAGCUAGAAGUAGAGGCGAAAAAAGGAAAAACUGUGAAAUUAUUGCAAUAGUGUCAAUCCAAUAAUGACAUAAUCAACUGUGCAUGACCAAAAACAGCCGUUAGACAAUCAGCUACUUGCAGAAAUGAAUUGAGUAUUGUACAAACGCGUUACUGUACUUUGCAGGGUUUUAAUGUCUGCUCACUUUCCUGUGACUAUUGAUUUUGUUGAUGCAUCUCAGUUUAAUCGCAUUUGAAAUGUCUUUCAACUCUUAUUUGUCUUUUCACUCGUUCACACAAGUCCUCUGUGUUGUUUCUGUUGUGUGUUGUGUUAGUACCGUAUAGCUACCAAGAGUCAACCCUUUUGUGAAGGCCUUGGAUCCCUUUAAUGAAAUUAAAACUAAUGGAUCAAAAGGUCUUUA